AUGCGGGUCGGUGCAGGCACUUACCAAUUGUGCAGGAAUAGCAGACAGAUACCAUUGCCUGGGUGGCAGGGCCAGGAUGACCUCAUCUCCCAUAUGGGCUUCGCAUCGGCUCCGAGUCCACUUGCUCCAACUACUACAUUUCCGCUCCACGGACUCCACAUAAUCAGGGACAACUGGGUGGACGCGACUAACGUCCCCCCAAAGGAGAGUGCUGAGGGAAUCUGGGGAUGUACGAUGGCCAGCGACUCUGAUUCAACACUUGUCACCUCAACCCGGAUGGGGACUUUUCCACCAAGAAUGGUGGAGGUCGGGGAACGCUGUAAGGCAUGCCGGGUUAGCCUGGUGCAGGGCGUGCUCCAGACACUUCCAUGGAGAAGGAGUUCUAGUGAGGUCUACCCGGACCGCGGAGAGGCUCCUCUUGUGGCCCGUGUUGGGGUGGGAGAUGAGGCAUUUUUCCAGCAGGAGCCCCCUUCUUCAUCGCCUCCCCACACAGCAUCUCCAAGUACAUCGGACACUCUUGCUGAACAUGCGUCAUCUGAAAUGCAACAAGCGAAGGUGGGCUACGUCAAUGGUGAGACAACUCCAAACGCUUAGGAAGAUGACCUUGGUGGCCACCAAUUCCGCUUGCAGACAAGGCCUGGCACUUCAUUGCAGUGGGAGGCACAACUUCCAUACGUCCUUAUAUGUCCAACUACUCCAACGAAUCGGAUCCAAAGGAAAGAAGAGGUUAUGCCUGUACCCUUGAAGACACGUCGUCGGUGAUCAGUGAUCUGUCAUCUUAAACUCACAUGUUACUUCAUUUAAAAUUGGCAUUUCUUGUGUGCAAUUCCUAUAUUCGAGUUAACAUUCUCUAAAUGCGCUUGAAGUUCUUCUGUGACUGAUGUUAAUGACGGCUCGAACUGUUUUACUACAUCUGGUCUACAUGUUUGACCGUGCUUAAAAAAUGCUUAAACUAAUUUUCCUCAUGGCAACAUGGAAUUCUGAUGCUCGACACAACCACAUCAUGUAGAUAUUUUGGUGAAAUUCUUAAUAGAAUAGCCUGGUGAGAGUUGAGUACAAUAGCCUUCAAUAGUGAAUAACUUUCUGAAGGAAAAUUUUAUUUUGAAGUUUCAAUCAAGUUGAUCUCCCAGGCUUGUUAGCGUAGUGUGGAAGUUGGUUGUUACAGAAUUUCGAUUUUUCCCCCCACUCAUUAGCUUACUGCUCCACUUCAGUCUGCUUCGUUCGUUGAGCCUGUUUAGUCCUCAAAAUAAAUUGGCGUCUAAGUAUGUAAAUAAUAUACCUAUAUAUAGAUACUUCGACGCAGAUGUAUUUUGAAUGGGAGUAAAGAAACCGAUACCCAACCUCAACAUAUACAAAUAAGGUUAGCUUUAAUGAAGACCAAAUUUUUCCUAGUUGCCUUUGACCUAACCUAAUGUGGCCUUGUCUAUUCUAACCAUCCUUAGCUAACGUGGUUUUAGCUUAACCCCUGACCUUAGUAACCUACCCUAACCUCGUCUAACUCCACUAAUUCACGACAAGGUCACAUUGGGUAAUAACUACCAUUGAAGCGAACUUCCGCCCUUCUAAUGGUACGAUAAGUGGUGGCUUUUGUUGCAAGCUCCAGUCAAAGCCUGAUGGCAACCACGGUCUACAUUCAAAUCAAUUAAAACGUUUUGUCUUUCAUUUAUAUAUGUAUAUAUUGAGGUGGUAUUGUUGAAGAUUGUAGUGUUUUACUUUCCUCAAUAACGUGUCUUCCAUCGAGCUAGAUGGAUCGAGCUGUCGUUCUCAAAUAUCGCUUUUCAAGAGCUAUUGGCAUAUAGUGGGUGACACAAGUUGUCAUGGCCUAAGGUCACAAGGCCUUUGGCAGUGUUUGUUCUGCCCUGAUUGUGCACUUACCUUGUUACCCCCUAUACUUUUCAACACACCCCUCCCUCCAUUCCUCGAUUCUAACUACAGCUUGAAAUCUGUUAUUUCGCAUAAUCAAAAAUAAAAUAUUUAAUAGACAAAAGAGGGAAACCAAAUAAAUUGCUAAAUUUUCUUUCAUUGUUGCCGCAAAGACUUAAUGCGCUUACCUUUAUCAGUUUCUCCUAGGAGUACAAUUUAGUUGCCUGGGGCAACUAAAUGUCUGGGGACUAAUUAAUAUAUAGUUUUAAUGGGGAAAGUAAAGUACUUGUGGGUCACUAGGCGACUUGGUUUGGUUAAAGGCAACUAAAUGAAAUUUGUCUCUGUUCAAGCUUGAUUUAAAUAUUCAUUUGGAUGCAUGUUCAUUGAAAGCACACGAUUUCCAC